AUGCUGGGUCCACCAGAUUUGGAGGACGCAAGUUGCUACGCGCCUCGAGAGGGAAGUUAUGACCUGGAAAGGUUCAACGACUGUCCCGUGGGCAUGACAUCAGCACUGGAGAUAACGAAUGAGGUGGGCGACGGGAUCAAAGAAAUAGGGACAUAUUGUUGUCCUUCGGCCUAUGAGUUUGCAACAAAGUUCGACAAGGUGGUACCCACCGGCGAAGACUGGUUCAGCACAUUCUUUUGUCGCGCCAACACCGUCACACCUCUUUCCGACCAAACGGUGACCCUCACGAUCUCAACAUCCCCUCUCAUCACCACUGAAGCGGCAUGGGACUACGAGCGAGAUUUUAUCUAUGCUUACCCAGACGGUUUCAACAGAUAUGUCUACGAGGCCUCCGGCACGACGUCUGACUGCUACGGCUACGGGUGCUCCGACACCUGCUCCGACCACUGCGGCUCCGGCGACAGCUACGGCUCCCGUGACCGCAAGCUCUACCGGUGA